AUGCACUACUGCAGCACUCGGGGCGGGGUCUGUGGGUGGGACUUCCGGGAUGUUCUGCUUUCAGGUUUCGCUCCCGACGGGGGGAUGUUCAUGCCCGAGAGUGUACCUGUGCUCAGCCCGGAGACCCUGAGAGGAUGGAGGGGGUUGGAUUACACCCAGCUGGUGGUGGAGGUCGCCUCGCUGUUCAUCCCCACUCAGCUGAUCCCCAGAGACGACCUGCAGGUCUUGGUGGGUGAAGCUCUGUCGGGUUUCUCGGUGCCAGAGGUGGUCCAGAUCGCCCGGUUGAAGGGGGGUCUGUCAGUCCUGGAGCUCUUCCAUGGAGAGACGCUGGCCUUUAAGGACCUGGCUAUGACCUGCACCGUGCGCUUUCUCAACUACUUUCUGCAGAAGGAGAAGCACAGGGCGACUGUGGUUGUAGGAACGUCAGGAGACACCGGCGGCUCGGCCAUCCAGAGCGCUAAAGGUCUGUGCGGGUUGGACGUGGUCGUGGUUUAUCCUCGAGGACGAAUCACUCCGGUUCAGGAGAAACACAUGGUCACCUGUUUGGAGGAUAACGUCCACGUGUUCGCAGCGGACGGCAGCUCGGACGACAUCGACCAGCCUCUGCGGCGUCUGUUUGCGGAUCAGGAUCUGGUGAAGUCUUACCGCCUCAUGAGUCUGAACUCUGUGAACUGGUCCAGAGUCAUGGUCCAGCUCGCUCACUUCGUCUACGCCUACCUGCAGCUCAGCGGCGUGCAGCAGCAGGCGGAGGAGGCUGACGGAGACCUGCCCGAGCUGGAGGUGGUGGUGCCCACAGGAGGGGCGGGAAACAUCGCAGCUGGCUUCAUUGUGAAGCAGAUGGGGUUGCCCCUGAAGCUGGUUGCCAUGGUGAAUUCAAACGACAUUGUGCACAGGACGGUUACCAGCGGUGACUUCUCUAUGGCGGCUAGCGUCACACAGACUCUGGCUCCUGCCAUAGACAUCCAGGACCCGUACAACAUGGAGCGAGUGUUCUGGCUGCUGCUGGGGAAAGACGGCGCUGCAGUGAAGACGAUGAUGGAGGAGUUUCAACAAUCACAUCGACACUCUCUGCCUGCCAACCAACACAAACUGCUGUCACAGGUUUUGUCGACAGGCUCAGUGAGUGAUGACGGGAUCCUGGAGACCAUGAGGAGGUGCUGGGAGGAGAACCAGUAUGUGUUGUGUCCACACACAGCUGUGGCUGUCUGGCAUCACUACAACCGUCCUCAUGACGCCCAAAUCAACAGGUGUUACAUCGCGACGGCUUCUCCAGCCAAGUUCCAGACGGCCGUGCAGAGGGCGGGCCUUACCUUCGACCUACCUGAGGCCGUGCUGGCGUUGGACAAGUUGCAGACUCGUUACCAGAACCUGGAGCGGAGCCAGAACUGGUGCAAAGACUGGGAGCACAGACUGAGAGAGCAGAUCCAGUCUGUGAGUGCAGUGAGGAAAACCAACGGGACUUACUACAGCUGAUUUAAAAAAUAUAUUAUUUAGAAAAGUAGACGAUGAAGAGUUUAAAGGGGAGGUCAGGUGACUCUCUCAGCUCGUCCUUGAUCUCUGCACAUUCUUAUCUGGGCCGACAAAGACUCUCUUGUUGCUUCUCUUUUGGACUUUGGUCUUAAGUGUUGUAAAAUCAGGCCAUCUUUUUUAUUCACGCAGUCAUCCAACAAUUCACAAUGUUUCAUCUUUAUCAUUAAAGUCAAAUGGAAAUAAAUGUGAAACAAUGAAACCAUG